AAUUAAAAAUAAACUAUAAAUAAUUUAAUUAUAAAUUUGAAUAUAAUUAUUGUCCACAAGUAAAUUUUUUUUAUUCAAAAAUUUUUAUUUAUAUAAAAAUUGAUAAAAAUAAUAAUGAUUUUCCCCUGAUUUCCCCUAUAAUAAUUUUCUCCUUCUCUUCAACAACACAAGCCACAAGGCCAUUCAACACUGUACAACAACCAAGCUCCAGUUUUUUUUUCAUUUUUUUUGCCAGUUUUCAAUCCGUUUGCAUCCGCGUACCGCGUGCACCUGUCUAGCAAAUCUCAUCAUCCAAAUAUUUACAACAAACUAAAUUUGCUAACGCAAAUUUUUCAUAAUUUAUAACAUAAAUUAUAACAAUUAAAUAUUGUAAAUAUGGCUAACAAACAACGUGUUUGUAUUAUUGGCUCAGGAAAUUGGGGAUCAGCAAUUGCCAAGAUUAUUGGAGCAAAUGCAAAACGUUUGGAUAAUUUUGAAGAUGAAGUAACAAUGUAUGUCUACGAAGAGAUGAUAGACGGUAAAAAACUCACAGAAAUUAUCAAUGAAACCCAUGAGAAUGUCAAGUAUUUACCAGGUCAUAAAAUACCAGAAAAUGUGAUUGCUGUUCCGGAUGUUGUUGAUGCUGCUCAAAAUGCUGAUAUUCUUGUAUUUGUUGUACCUCAUCAAUUUAUUCGUCGGAUAUGCAGUACUUUAUUGGGAAAAUUGAAACCAAAUGCAGUUGGUCUUUCUCUUAUAAAAGGUUUUGACAAAAAAGAAGGUGGUGGAAUACAAUUAAUUUCUCAUAUAAUAACUGAACAAUUAAAUAUACCCAUGGCUGUUCUUAUGGGUGCUAAUUUAGCAUCUGAAGUUGCUGAUGAAAUGUUUUGCGAGACAACAAUAGGCUGUAAAAAUAAAGAUACCGGUCUUAUUUUACGUGACAUGAUUCAAACAAACUUUUUUAGAGUUGUUGUUGUUGAUGAUGUUGACUCUGUUGAAUGUUGUGGAGCAUUGAAGAAUAUUGUAGCAUGUGGAGCUGGAUUUGUUGAUGGUCUUAGCUUGGGUGACAAUACAAAAGCUGCUGUUAUAAGAUUGGGUCUUAUGGAAAUGAUUAAAUUUGUUGAUCUAUUUUUCCCCGGUGGUAAUUUAAGCACCUUUUUUGAAAGUUGUGGAGUUGCUGAUCUUAUCACCACAUGUUAUGGUGGAAGAAACAGAAAAGUAUCAGAGGCUUUUGUUAAAAAGAACAAGCCAAUUGAUGAACUUGAAAGUGAAAUGUUAAAUGGACAAAAAUUGCAAGGACCAAUAACUGCUGAAGAAGUCAACUACAUGUUGAAGCUCAAAGGAAUGGAAGAUAAAUUUCCACUUUUUACUGCUGUUCACAAUAUUUUUAUUGGAAAAGAAAAAGUCAUUGCUUUCAUUGACUGUAUACGCAAUCACCCUGAACACAUGUAAGCUCAAAAAAAAAAAAAAAACAAACCCUACAAACAAAGAUACGUUAUAGAAAAUACUAAAUUUUAUCUUAUCUAGAAUCUCUGAGCCCAUUGGGUAAGGCUUUUGAUUUUGAAUCUGUUUAUUAUUUCAUUUUUCUUUAUUUUAACUCGCAUUCCUUAUUAAUCUUUACUUGAAAUGUUUGUCAAGUUGAACGACAUCAUUUAUAAAUUAUGAACAAAUUAAUUAUUUAUUCACUUCUAUUUAUGAAAAAGCUAUUACACUUCUAAUCAAAG